AUGGUCAUGAUCACCAAGUCCCCCAGUGCUAUUCGAGCCAGAACUACAAUAAAGUUUGGCACUGAGCACUGCUGGAGCCGGAUACGUGGCUCUAUCAUUAUACAUCCAAGAAGCGUUUCGUUAUUGUCCGAAAUGAAGAUAAUGAACGACUAUCCAGUCGUUGUGCACGAAGACAACCAUUGUGCAAUCGCUAUGGCCAAAAAUGAUGGAUAUCAGAGUCGACUCAAGCUCAUCAAUUUCGGUAUCACUUCGUCUGUGACAAACUCAAGGCAAAGUCGAUCGACCUACGAUUCAUUGAAUCCAAGCACCAACUCGCCGAUAUCUUGA